CUUUAAAGCCAAAUUUAUUUAUUUAUUUUUUUAAUUCUUCUUGCUUAUAUUAUUCAGUUCCAACGUAUCCAUAUCUUGCUUUCAUAGGCCAAUUGAAACAUAAUUAAAAGCAAGAAGUACAAAAUGCACAUUAGUCGUUCACUAGUCUUCCUAUCGCUCUGUAUGAGCAGCGUACAGUCUGCAAUUUGGCAGGGAUGGUCCAAAGGAAGAUCUGCCGGUGUCCCACCCGGAAAUACCGCAUUGGAUGAUUGGGUUGAAAAGCAAGAGGCAAUUAGUCUCAAGGUAAUCCUGUCCAAUAUCAAUCCACCUGGUACCCGCCGAGGUUUCUUUGCAGCCUCUCUAUCGACCAGCGACCCAGACUACUUUUAUACCUGGACGCGCGAUGCUGCCAAGGUUGCCGGUGUCCUUGUGCAUGCGUAUGACACCUCUCGUCGGACUGACCUCCAUGACGUCCUGAUAGACUAUGUCGAGUUUCAGAUCGGUACUCAACAGACCACGACCCUCUGUCAGUGCCUCGGGGAGCCAAAGUUCAAUCCUGAUGGUACAGGGUUCAGCGGUGAGUGGGGACGCCCACAGAACGAUGGUCCGGCAGUGCGAGCCUCGACGUUUCUACUGCUUUCACAGGCGCUCUCACAAAAGAAGUAUGUCACCAAUAUCCUCCGGCCGGCCGUCUACCGAGACCUGGACUACAUUGUCGACAACUGGGCGACCCCUAGUUUUGAUCUCUGGGAAGAGGUCUUGGGCGUCCACUUCUAUACUCUGAUGGUCAUGCGCCGUGCGCUUCUGCAGGGUGUUGCGUUCUCACGGUCGUACGAAGACGCAAUCCACGCCGCAAACUACCAAGGCACGAUUGGAUCCAUCGAAGAGCGCCUGGAAUCCUUCUGGUCUCCAUCACGCAACUACAUCCUAGCGACCCAGGACCGCGUGCGGGGCUACGAAAAGCCAUCUGGCCUAGACAUCGCCAUCAUCCUGGCCGCCAAUCAGCUCAGCGGUAGCAUCGGCGGCAGCAGCUCUUCUAUCAAAGACGGAUUCUUUACUCCCGACUCGGACAAGGUUCUUGCGACUGCAGCUGCCCUCGAAUACUCCUUUGGAACCAUCUAUCCGCUCAAUCAAGAUCUGCCUAGCCAUUUGGGGAUAGCCAUAGGUCGGUAUCCCGAGGACGUCUAUGACGGCCACCGGUCAUCCCAGGGCAACCCGUGGUUCAUCACGACCAGCGCAUUCACCGAACUUUACUACAACAUCAUCCUCGCCUUCAAGGCCAGACCGACCGACAUCACCGUCAAUCACAUCAACCGGCCAUUCUUUGUCAAGUUUGACUCCCAGGCCGUGCCAGGAAAAAUCUAUGUCAAGGCUAGCGACGAGUACAAUCUGCUUCUGGCCGACAUCGCUGCCUCUGCUGACCGGUUCCUGGCCACGGUCAAGUAUCAUGAACAGGCCAACGGAUCACUUUCGGAACAGUUCAAUCGUUGGACUGGAUUCCAACAAGGCGCAAGAGAUCUGACCUGGUCUCAUGCAGCUCUCAUUUCUGCCACACGUGCAAGAGCUGGAAGACCACUGGCUUGAUAAUAGCCAUAACCAUAAUAACAAUGACAAUGACAAUGAUAAUGAUAAUGGUAAUAAUAAUAAUAGUAAUAGUAAUAGUAAUAGUAAUAAAGUCUCAUACGUGUAUCUCUCUCUCUCUCUGUGUGUGUUUAUGGAGAGAGAGAGAGAGAGAGGAGGGGAUUUGAAACUAUUUAAACGACAUUGACCUUUAUGUAUAUACACAUGUAUAUACAUAAGAAAAAGCAUAAAUGUUUGGUGUAUAUUUUAUUUAGGAUAAAUUGAAUUAAUCCAACAACAAC